AAGUUCCGGCAUAAUUAGCUUGAUAUCACACUAUUUUCAAAAGUUCUCAUUAUUAUGGCUUUCAACUUCCAAUACUUCUCUCCUAUCUUAAUCUUUCUCUUGGCUUUACUCAUUCAAUUUACCGAGAGUCGUCUAACACAAGAAACAUUCAAAUCAACUUUUGGAACUUCAUCAAUAUCUAACGCUGAUGAAGGGACAAAUUGGGCUGUACUCGUGGCCGGUUCGAGGGGGUAUGGUAAUUAUCGACAUCAGGCUGAUAUAUGUCAUGCAUACCAAAUCUUAAAGAAGAAUGGUCUCAAGGAUGAAAAUAUCGUCGUUUUCAUGUACGACGACAUAGCUCAUAAUGAAGAUAACCCAAGAAAGGGAAUUAUAAUUAACAACCCAAAAGGAGGAGAUGUUUACAAAGGAGUUCCUAAGGAUUACACAGGCAAAUAUUUGACAACUAGCAAUCUUUUGGCUGCGAUACUUGGAAAUAAAACAGCUAUUAAAGGGGGCAGUGGCAAAGUCAUCAAUAGCGGUCCAAAUGAUCGUAUAUUUAUUUAUUAUUCCGACCAUGGAAGCCCCGGCGUACUUACUAUGCCAAAUGAUGACGAUCUAUAUGCGAAAGAUUUUAUCAACACCUUAAAGAAAAAGCACCAAAUGGGAACAUACAAAAGCAUGGUGAUAUACGUAGAAGCUUGUGAAGCAGGGAGUAUAUUUGAGGGUCUUCUGCCGAAAGAGUGGAACAUAUACGUGACUACGGCAUCUAACCCUGAAGAAAGUAGCUGGGCUACUUAUUGCCCUGGCUUUGAUCCUAGCCCUCCCGAAGAAUAUGAUACAUGUUUAGGUGACUUGUAUAGUGUUGCUUGGAUGGAAGACAGUGACAUGCACAAUACCCAGUCAGAGACAGUGGAACAACAAUAUCAAGUGGUAAAGAAAAGAACAGCAGAUGCUGGAGAACAUGGAUCUCAUGUAAUGGAAUAUGGUAAUAUCAACUUCAGUAAAGAUCAUCUCUCGCUCUACAUUGGAUCUUCAACCACCACCGAUUCCGGCCAUAAACAUCACAACAAAGGGGGCAAAGGCAACCACAAUAAUCAAGCAUCUUCGACUCCUGUUGAACAACAUGAGGCCGACAUUCUCUAUUUAAAGCGAAAGGUUUCAAGAGCACCAGAAGGAUCUAUUAAGAGAAAAGAGGCCCAAAAGGAAUUGGAUGAUGCACUUUCACAUAGAGAGCAUGUAGACUGCACCUUUGAAGAGAUUGGAAAAACUCUUUUUGGUGAAGAACAAGGCAAUGCGAUGAUUAAGACCGUCCGAUCAACGGGGCAAUCGAUUGUGGACGAUUGGGAUUGUUUCAAAACAUUGGUUGAGACUUAUAAGACACAUUGUGGAGCUCUAUCAACCUACGGAAAGAAGCAUAUGCGGGCAUUUGCAAAUAUGUGCAACUCUGGAGUGCAACAAGCUCAAUUGGCUAAAGUAGCAUCCCAAGUGUGUGGGAAACAAGUUUAAUUAAUUAGCUAUAAUAAUCCAUAAUUUAGCCUUAAUUAGCUUCCCAACUCAAGAUAAAGCUCAUAUAUUAUUUACAAAUGUAUGAAAGAAAAAAAAAACAGUCGCAACAUAUAUGUAAAUGUAGAAUAAAUGGAUAACUUGCAAUUCUAGAUAAUAUGCGCACUAACAAGAUAAGAUGGGCAUGCAUUCCUAGAAUGUGCUAGCUAUAACAAAGAAGUGCUAAGUGUAGAUUAUUAAGAUGUACGGUUUCACGUCAUGAAAAUCAAUUACACAAGCCAUUUACUUCGUAUUAUCAA